ACAACUUGCAAAGUGGUAAAUAAAGACCGAAAUAAACGCCUCAAAACGAUGUCGAUUUCGGUGAACGCAUUAAGAAACCAGCUGGUGCUGCUCACCGGAUCGUCCGGAAUUCACAAGGAACAGGCGGAUAAGUAUCGGUCGCUACUGGAACAGAUACUGCUCAACACCGGCACCGAGAUGAUCGAUACGCUUAAGCUAUUCAUCGAAGCUAUACUGAACGAGCACGUAAGUCUGGUCAUCUCGCGUCAACUGCUGUCGGAUGUGAGCAAUCAUCUUACCAAACUUCCGGACGAAAUCUCCAAAUCGGUGGCACACUUUACGCUAGACAAGGUGCAACCAAGGGUUAUUUCAUUCGAGGAACAGGUUGCCAGCAUUCGGCAGCAUCUGGCACAGAUUUAUGAACGCAAUCAAAACUGGAAGGAAGCCGCCAACGUGCUCGGUGGAAUCCCCUUGGAAACGGGACAAAAGCCGUACUCGUUGGACUACAAGUUGGAAACUUACUUGAAAAUAGCGCGACUGUUCCUGGAGGACGAAGACCCAGUGCAGGCGGAAGCCUUUAUCAACCGUGCCUCGAUCCUGCAGGCCGACACCAAGGAUGAAAAGCUACAGAUACUGUACAAAGUGUGCUACGCCCGGGUGCUUGACUACCGUCGGAAGUUUAUCGAGGCGGCACAGCGCUAUAAUGAGCUCUCCUACCGUACGAUCGUCGACGAGGACGAAAGGAUGAUGGCGUUACGUAAGGCACUUAUCUGCACGAUACUCGCUUCGGCCGGUCAGCAACGGUCACGCAUGCUGGCCACGCUCUUUAAGGACGAACGCUGCCAACACCUGCCCGCUUACUCCAUUCUCGAGAAAAUGUAUCUCGAUCGAAUCAUUCGCCGGUCGGAGUUGCAAGAGUUCGAAGCGCUCUUGCAGCUGCACCAAAAGGCGAGCACCCUCGAUGGUUCGUCCAUCCUCGAUCGGGCCGUGUUCGAGCACAAUCUCCUGUCGGCCAGCAAACUUUACAAUAACAUUACGUUCGAGGAGCUGGGCGCUCUGCUUGAGAUUCCACCACCAAAGGCGGAACGCAUCGCAAGCCAAAUGAUAACCGAAGGGCGGAUGAACGGAUACAUCGAUCAGAUCGAUGGUGUGGUUCACUUUGAAACACGAGAAGUGCUGCCACAGUGGGACAAGCAGAUUCAAAGUCUUUGCUAUCAGGUUAACGGGCUGAUUGAAAAGAUUGGAGCGGCGGAACCGGAGUGGAUGAGCAAGGUGAUGGAGGAGGACAUGUGUCCAUGAAAGAGCGCUCUCGAUUGCGCUGCCGGAAAGGAUGGUGAUACAAAGCAAAGACGCCCGAUACGCUGAGACAUUGCAGACUAAUCGAAUGUGCAUACCCUUGAUCUUCUGUAAUCUUAACAGGGGUCAUCCAUUCUUCAAUCACCGAUGGAUCGAUAGGAUGGAAAUGCAAGAAUGAAAUACUUGUAAAAUAAUUUGGUCUAUAAUAAAAAUGUGAAAACCGUGCGACGAA